AUGGAAGUAGCAUGCUCUAACUCUGGAAUUCACAUUUAUCAGCGGAAAUACGUUAUGUACCUUCUCAAGGAUUUUGGUUAUCUAGAUUGCAAGCCUCUCUCCACUCCUUUGAUUAUAGUAAAAAAACUCUCGAAGGAAUCCGGUACCAUUUUAACGGACAACACUACUUAUAGACAACUCAUCAGACGCCUUUACCUCACAAACACUAGACCCGAUAUCUCUUAUGUUGUGGGAUGUUUGAGUCAACUUUUGGACUGUGCAAUCACUUCUCACCUACAUGCUGCUUUUCGGGUACUCCGAUAUUUAAAGGGCAAACCUGCAACUGGUCUAUUCUUUUCCUCUACUUCUAAUCUGCAUCCCAUCGGAUUUGCCGAUAAUGACUAG